UUUUACACCAAGCGAAGAACAAGGAAGAGCAACACACGCCAAGAAGUUGUUGCGUGAGGACCACAACUAUCAUCACCACACCACCACCACCCGAUAUGCCUGCAGAGAUUAUCGACGGCAAGGCCAUCGCAAAGGAGCUGAGGGAGAGCCUCAAGCAGCAAGUGCAAGAGCUUCAGAAAGAGUUCCCCGGCUUCCAGCCACAGCUGGCCAUCGUCCAGGUUGGCGGACGUGCUGACUCUGACGUCUACAUUCGCAUGAAAGUCAAGGCCGGAACAGAGGCUGGCCUUCGCAUUACCCACAAGCAACUCCCACGCAGCACCACCGAGUCUCAGCUGUUGGAGGUGAUUCGCUCCUUCAACGCGCAGAGCGACGUCCACGGCAUCAUUGUGCAGCUUCCGCUGGACACGGACCAGGAGAUUGACGAGGUCACCAUCACCAACGCAGUCGACCCAGAGAAGGACGUCGACGGGUUCACCCGCUUCAACACCGGCGCUCUUGCCAAGAAGGGCGAGCUCCCACGCCUCUACGCCUGCACCCCCAAGGGUUGCAUGCACCUCAUCGAGUCCACAGGCAUUGAAAUCUCUGGAAAGAAGGCUGUGGUGAUUGGACGCAGCGAUAUUGUUGGCCGCCCCAUUUCCCAACUGCUUCUGCGCAAGUCUGCCACCGUCGUCAUCUGCCAUAGCAGAUCCCAAAACAUCGAGGACGAAGUUCGCUCCGCUGAUAUUGUCGUUGCCGCCGUUGGAAAGCCAGGCCUCGUUCAGGGUGCAUGGAUCAAGCCCGGUGCGGUUGUGAUCGACUGCGGCAUCAACCCAAUUCCCGACAGCACAAAGAAAUCCGGCCGUCGUCUCGUCGGUGACGUCGAAUUCGACGCUGCAAAGGAGGUUGCUGGCUUCAUCACGCCCGUGCCCGGUGGUGUUGGCCCGAUGACUGUUGCAAAGCUGCUUGAGAACACCGUCAUUGCCGCGCGCUAUGCGGUGACGCCGCGCCCGUGGUCCCUGCGUCUCCUCACCCCAACCAUCCAGCGCCCUGUGCCGAGCGACAUUGAGAUUGCGCGCCGCCAGCCGCCAAAGCUCAUCUCCCUCCUCGCCUCUGAGAUCGGCAUCCUCCCCACCGAGCUUGACCUGUACGGGCAGUUCAAGGCGAAGGUGCGCAUGUCGGUGCUGGACCGCCUGCGCCACCGCCAGGACGGCCGCUACAUCGUCGUCACGGGCAUCACCCCAACCCCGCUCGGGGAGGGCAAGUCUACCACGACGGUGGGCGUUGCGCAGGCGCUGGCUGCCCAUCUCGGCCGCAACACAUUCGCGUGUCUGCGCCAGCCAUCGCAGGGCCCCACGUUUGGCAUCAAGGGUGGUGCUGCUGGCGGCGGCUACAGCCAGGUGAUUCCCAUGGAGGAGUUCAACCUGCACCUGACCGGUGACAUCCAUGCCAUCACUGCCGCCAACAAUCUCCUCGCCGCAGCCAUCGACGCCCGCAUGUUCCACGAGUCCACCCAGUCCGACGAGGCCCUGUACCGCCGACUUGUCAAGGACAACAAGUUCAGCGACAUCCAGCUCAAGCGCCUCCAGAAACUCGGCAUCAGCGCAACUGACCCUGAGGCGCUGACGCCCGAGGAGCGCACCCGCUUUGUCCGCCUCAACAUCGACCCAGACACCAUCACCUGGCAGCGCGUGAUGGACACCAACGACCGUUUCCUGCGCAAAAUCACCAUCGGCCAAUCGCCAACGGAGAAGGGCCGCACACGCGAGACCCAGUUUGACAUUGCCGUGGCCUCUGAGCUGAUGGCCAUCCUCGCACUCUCCACCAGUCUUGCUGACAUGCGCGCACGCAUGGACAAGAUUGUCGUCGCCGCAGACACGGAAGGCAACCCCGUGUCUGCUGCUGAUCUCGGUGUCUCUGGCGCGCUCGCCGUUCUCAUGAAGGACACCAUCAUGCCCACGCUCAUGCAGACCCUCGAGGGCACUCCCGUGUUUGUGCACGCUGGCCCGUUUGCCAACAUUGCUCACGGCAACUCUUCAAUCAUCGCUGACAAGAUUGCGCUGAAGCUUGUUGGUCCCGAGGGCGUCGUGGUGACGGAGGCCGGCUUUGGCGCCGACAUUGGCAUGGAGAAGUUCUUCAACAUCAAGUGCCGCGAGAGCGGCCUCGUGCCCAAUGCCGUGUGUCUCGUCUGCACUGUGCGUGCGCUCAAGAUGCACGGUGGCGGGCCAAAGGUUGUCCCAGGCACCCCGCUCGCACAGGAGUACAAGGAGGAGAACCUGGAGCUGCUGUCCAAGGGCAUCUGCAAUGUGGAGCAGCACAUCGCCAAUGCCAAGAAGUUUGGCGUGCCCGUUGUCGUCGCCAUCAAUGCCUUCGCGACGGAUACGGAGGCAGAGCUCAACCUCCUGCGCGAGCGCUGCGUUGCUGCUGGUGCUCUGGAUGCCGUGGUGAGCAGCCACUGGGCAGACGGCGGCAAGGGCUCUGUCGACCUUGCGCGUGCGCUCAUCAAGGCCACGGAUGAGCCCUCAAACUUCAAGUUCCUGUACGACACGGAGCUGUCGAUUGAGGAGAAGAUUGAGACCAUCUGCCGCGAAAUGUAUCGCGCAGACGGCAUUGAGAUUCUUCCUGAAGCCGCGGAGAAGAUUGCGCGCUACAAGGCGCAGGGCUACGGCAACCUGCCCAUCUGCAUGGCCAAGACGCACCUCUCCUUCUCGCACGAUGCCACGCUCAAGGGCGCUCCUUCGGGCUUCACCGUCCCCAUCCGUGACAUCCGUGCAAGCGUUGGCGCAGGCUUCCUGUACCCGCUCUGCGGAACGAUGUCGACAAUGCCUGGACUCCCGACGCGCCCGUGCUUCUAUGAUGUUGACAUUGACCCAGAGACAGGCGUCAUCUCAGGCCUCUUCUAACCGCAACGCCGGCCCCGCUCAUGUGUCAAUGCACCCGUUCUUCCACGCGCGCGCAUUUGCAAUGGCGUCAUGUGUAUGCGAAUGAACGCAUGGAUGCAUGGGAUGAAUGCGUGCUGGCUGAGGAAUGGUGUUAGUUUUCCCAUGCAAGUGCCGUCCGUGUUUACGUUUUGUGUUUUUGUGUGUUUGGGGCCGUGCAUGCUGACCAGGCUUCAAGCGAGCAAGCUCAAUAGUCGUUGGUGUCGUUCCUUAGGAUGCCAUGGCAUGCAGUGUGGUUUACAAUUAACACCAGACGGAAUACCAUG